GGGCGGGGCGGGAGGGCCGCCGGCCUGGCCAUGCCGGGUGGAGGGUGAGGAGAUUAAUGGCUCCGCGCGCAGGCGCUGCCCUCUGAACUGGAACGGAAAAUAACUUCCGGCUGCAGUCAGUCGGUCGGUUGCCGGCGACUUGACGCUUGAAAGACUAGCGGAAUCCCUGAACUACCUGUCUUUUACUCCAUCCUUUAUAGUAAUGCUACAGGACGAAGAGGAAUGGAUAAAAACAUUGGUGAGCAACUCAAUAAAGCAUAUGAAGCCUUCCGACAGGCAUGCAUGGAUAGAGAUUCUGCAGUAAAAGAACUACAGCAAAAGACUGAGAACUAUGAGCAGAGAAUACGUGAGCAACAGGAACAGCUGUCACUUCAACAAACAAUUAUUGACAAGCUAAAAUCACAGUUACUUCUUGUGAAUUCUAGUCGAGAUAAUAGUUAUGACUAUGUUCCCCUGCUUGAAGACAGUGAAGCAAGGAAGAAUAAUUUGACUCUUGACCAGCCACAUGAUAAAGUGAAAUCAGGAAUACCAAGAGAAAAACAAUCAAAGGUAAGAAGACAAGAGGUUUCUUCUCCUAGAAAAGAAACUUCACCAGGGAGUCUUGGCGUUCCUUUACUCCAUGAAAGGGGUAAUAUAGAGAAGACCUUCUGGGAUCUGAAGGAAGAAUUUCAUAGAAUAUGCAUGCUAGCGAAAGCACAGAAAGACCACUUAAGCAAACUUCAUAUACCAGACACUGCAACUGCAUUCAUUACACAAGUUUGGCAUUUCUAA